GAAUUAAUUUUAUAAAUUUUCUGAUUUUCAUUUCCAAAUUGUCAAGUGUACCAAAAAUAUCACCGAGAUCACAGAUAUUCUAAAAACUGUUUGAAGGUUUUGGAGAUAAUAAUAAAUGAAUAAUAUCUUUGUUCUUUGAGGCAGUGGAAAUAUCAAAUGUUCAUUUCAUACAUCAAUAGUGUAUAGAUAAUAAUGGCCAAUAUAGCUGCACAAAGAAUCAAAAGAGAAUUCAAAGAAGUAGUAAAGAGCGAAGAGGUUGCAAAAUGUGCCAUCAAAGUAGAAUUGUUGAAUGACAAUUACACAGAGUUGAAAGGUGAGAUAGCUGGUCCUCCAGAUACUCCUUAUGAAGGAGGGAACUUUGUUUUAGAAAUCCGAGUACCUGAGACAUAUCCUUUCAACCCUCCAAAGGUCCGCUUUAUCACAAAAAUAUGGCAUCCAAAUAUUUCCUCUGUGACAGGAGCAAUAUGUUUAGAUAUCCUGAAAGAUCAGUGGGCUGCAGCUAUGACAUUGAGAACAGUUCUUCUGUCCCUACAGGCUCUUUUAUCUGCUGCAGAACCUGAUGACCCCCAAGAUGCUGUAGUAGCAAGACAGUAUAAGGAAAAUCUGGAGAUGUUCCAGCUAACAGCCAGACACUGGACCAGCAUGUAUGCAGGAGGUCCCAAUGUAAAUACUGAUUGUGAUAGCAAGAUUAAGAGGCUUGUAGAUAUGGGAGUUGACGACCAUCAGGCUCUAGUUGCACUUUCCUCGUAUAAUUGGGAUAUAGAACGGGCAACGGAACAACUCUUUAGUUAGUAAACAUUUUUAGUACUUUCAUUCUGCUAAAAGAUCUAGGAGUUUUUUAUAAUUGUUUUACAAUUACACUUUUAUUAUUUCAAUUGAACUCUGACAUGUAACACCUAUUAUGUACAUAAGAUCUGUAAUUAUUGAGGUACUCAUGAUUCUUUAUGUUUCUUAAAUUAUUCACCUCCUUUACUUAUUACAAAUAAUUAAAAUUGAAAAAUUCAACAUUGUGUUUUCCUUCAGAUAACUUUUUUAGAAACAGUUUCGAGAUUCAUCAUUGAGCUGUAAAAUAUCUUCAAUCCCAUUUUUUUAGUGACUAAAGACGUUGAAAAAUCGGCACCAAAGAAUUAAUGAUUUCAAAAGUAAAGUAAACAACAUUGAAUGUGAUUCAAGAUCAACCCUUAUUUUAUGCAUUAUAAAAAAAUAUUCCAUGUUGAUAAGAGGAAGUGAUAUUAAAUCAAUUCUUCCUUAUCUCAUCCUUGACCUAUAUUAUAUUAAAUUAAACAUCAUACUGAUUGUAAAAAACUUAUAAAAAAUUAUACCAAGUCAUUCAGGCAUUUCUCCUCCUGGUACCAG